AUGGGUAAUGAGAUUCAGGUAGAGAUUGGUGAGAAAGCAGGUGCCGGUGAGUUUUUUGAAGAAGACAUGGGUGACAAUGAAGAUGUUUAUCCCGAAUUUCCAAACAUUUUCAACGAUAAGCUCAAUUGGAAGGAGCAGGAACCUCUUUUAGGAUUUGGGGAUGAUGAGGCAAUGGUAGAUGCUACUGAUGCUUUGGAUAGGCCUGGAGAUGAAGAGCGGAUGGUGGGAGUCAAUGGACGGGAUGAAGGGGAGAAUGUCAAUGCUCGAGUUAAGCAUGUUAAACUGCGUAAAAUGUGA